AAGUUUUCCCAAAUAUUUUAUAAAAUUUAGGGCAGAACCCAUAGUGUCUUGCUGCUUCCCCCCCCUUUAAGUACCUGAAAUAGUUUCCAGAACCUCUUUCUACAUAAUUGUUUUGCUUAAGUCCCUGUUUUGGUCAUCUGAGAGAUUUGGUCAUUUUAUUUUAUCAAAGAAUCUUUUCCUUGUAAUUGGUUUAAUGCAGAACGUGUAGCAUCUAACUGUUUCCCAAUGAACUUGGAAGGGGAGUUUUUAAAUUCUCCCUCCAACUCCUUAAUUUUCUUCUCCAACUCCAUUUGGGUUUUGAGGGCCUUUUUCUUUUGUGCUGAAGUUUAAGAUAUGAUAGCACCACCAAGGUAGGCCUUUGCUGCCUCCCAUAUAACGUUGUAGGUCUCACUUCAGGAGAUUUGUUCUCAGAGAUAACUUGUUUAGGUUCUUUGUAUGGAUGAGAGAUGGUCACACUAAUAGGGGCAUGGUCAGAUACAGUCUGACUUCCUAUGGUACAGUCUUUAAGUCUAUCUAAAAGUAUUCAGGAUAAUAGGAAAUCGAUUCUUGAGAAGGCUAGGUGCAUCAUGCAAGUUUAAAUCUGAGCAAAAUCAGCUAGUUUAAGGCUUUUACGAGAAGAAAAAGGCCUAGAGGGACACUGGUCGACAGUGGGGUUAGAUAUACAGUUAAAGUCACCACCUAUUAGAAUGUAAGAGGAAGAAAAAUCAGAUAUGUCUGCCAACAAUUUAUGAAAAAAAGCAGAUUCAUAUGUACUAGGGGCAUAGAUGCAACCCAGUAAAAUGUGUUCUCCAAAGAGGUAUCCAGAAAUAAGCACAUAGAGGCCUUCUUUGUCACUUAUUGCUCUAUCCAAUGUAAAAGGAAGGCUGCGAUGUAAAAGAAUAGCCACACCUCGGCUAUGGUAUUUAAAAGAGGAAUGAAAAACCUGCCCAACCAAAUUCCUAUGCACCUUAAUAUGUUCCAGAUCAGUCAGGUGGGUCUCCUGUAAAAAGGCAAUAUGGCAUUUCUCCUUCUUAAAAAGAGUGAGAAUCUUUUGGCGCUUGAUGACAUGAUUUAAACCUUUAACGUUCAGCGAGGUGAUUUUAAGAUCACUCAUAUUUAUAUACUAAUAAGGUAAAUAUAUAGAAGCUUAUUUCCACUCUUAAAUGAGAGAGAGGACAAACCACUAGGUGAGAGAGGUGAGAUUAGACAUUUGUCUCUGUCUAAUAAUCAAGAGUGCUCGAGACAGAAAGGCUCAAAGCACUAGCAGAGGUGGUAGCCUCAGCCAUAACCACCAACUGACAACGCCGCCCAAAGACCACCAACUUCAUCAAGGCAGGAGAGAGACAACCCCCACAGCAUAAGUCAGCGACUGGCCUCCUAGCCUCAGCAGCCAACUAAGAGCUGAGAGUGGAUCUGGUUAAGCAGCGCCCCAACCACACUGCGUCCGGACAUGGUCAUCUUCUCCAACUGCACCAAGAAGGUGAUCAUGGUAGAGCUCACUGUACCCUGGGAGGAGCGCAUGGAUACCAGGAGUUGACAGAGCAGUGCAGGAGCUAUGGAUGGACAACCCACUGUGAGCCUAUUGAGGUGGGAUGUCAAGGAUUUGCAGGCCGGUCAUUAUGCAGACUCCUCACCAAGCUUGGGAUCAUGAGUCAGACUAAGAAGAGGGCCAUCAAAUCAACCGUUGAUGCUGCAGAGAGAGCUACUAGGUGGCUCUGGCUGAAAAGGGAAGCCAAGUGGCUAAUUGCUGCUGGGAUGCAGGCCGGGGACUGAUCACCCCUGGUCGGGUCGCCUGGACGAGGGUGUAUGAUGUUCGAACAGACCCGAAACACCCGAUGAACCCAGGUUACAUCACUGAAGAUGCAUUCUAGCGCAUCCGCAGGAUCUAUUCUAGUCCUGGCAAACUCCACCAGCGCUGAACCGCUGAGAAACCGGCAGAAUCCGUCAUCGUGAUAACGGGACACGGCUUCCAGGAGAAUCCACCUAGAUCCCGCGUCAAGGGUCUCUGGCUACGGUGCAACUCACAGUAGGCCGGUCUUAACAUCCUGCUCAUGACUGGUUGAUGUCGAAAUAUAGAAAUAUUUAAUCAUCAAAUUUUAUUUGUAGACAUAGUGAUCACUAGCUGUAUAGCCAUAGUGUAUAGCCAUAACUUAUUCUCUCCCACUAUUGCCAACUCAUCACACUGCUGAUUAUUAAACAUUACAUUUACUUUGUAGAUAGUAGUUUAGUUAAUAAACUUAUUUAUUUACACCCUGUUGUUGUCCUGUUGUGUUCUUCUAAAGUAGAGACUGGAGAUCAAUUUAAUUGAGAAGUCAGGCUUCUGAUAUGAGAUUGAUCACAUUAAUCAAUGAAAUAAUUAAUUGUUGUCCUCUCUGAGGAAUAGUGCCCCCUUUCAACGAGAGCGAAUUCUAAAUUGUGGUGUUCACACUUCAUCCCCAAAUAAUGUUUAUCACAUAGACAAAUAAGCCAGACUGUAAGUAAAGGGUUAAACACAGUAUCAAACUGCUCCUCUACCUGGAAUGAGACAAAGCCUGAUAACCCUCCCUCUUCUUCCUGCUCUCAAACACAGCCAGCUCCACUCUGUUCAUGUAUUUCCUUGUUCCCUCCCCUUCAGAUCUACAGUUUGAAGAUUGGUGGAACCAACAUGUGUUGAAGUGCAAGAGCUGACAGGCCCCGUUCACUGCAGAGGCACAUGUUGUUCAGAUCAGAGCUCAAACUACUUUCAGUUCUGAGAAAGUGAAAGUCAGACAGUCGUUGACACUGAGAGGUGAAAUGGCGCAGAAAGGAGUUCAGCUGGACCAGGAGACCUUCUCUUGUUCCGUCUGUCUGGAUCUACUGAAGGAUCCGGUGACGAUUCCCUGUGGACACAGCUACUGCAUCAGCUGUAUUAAAACCCACUGGGAUAAAGAGGAUGGAAAGAAAAUCUACAGCUGCCCUCAGUGUAGGCAGACCUUCACACCGAGGCCUGUCCUGGUGAAAAACACCAUGUUAGCAGUUUUAGUGGAGGAGCUGAAGAAGACUGGACUCCAAGCUGCUCCUGCUGAUCACUGCUAUGCUGGACCUGAAGAUGUGGCCUGUGAUUUUUGCACUGGGAGAAAACUGAAAGCUGUCAAGUCUUGUCUGAUGUGUCUGGCUUCUUACUGUGAGAAACACCUGCAGCCUCAUUAUGAUGUAGCCCCAUUAAAGAAACACAAGCUGGUGGAGCCCUCCAAGAAGCUCCAGGAGAACAUCUGCUCUCGUCAUGAUGAGGUGAUGAAGAUGUUCUGCCGCACUGAUCAGCAGUGUAUCUGUUAUCUCUGCUCUGUGGAUGAACAUAAAGGCCACGACACAGUCUCAGCUGCAGCAGAAAGGACUGAGAGGCAGAGAGAGCUCCAGCUGAGUCGACAACAAAUCCAGCAGAGAAUCCAGGACAGAGACAAAGAUGUGAAGGUGCUUCAACAGGAGGUGAAGGCCAUCAAUGGCUCUGCUGAUAAAGCAGUAAAGAACACUGAGAAGAUCUUCACUGAGCUGAUCCGUCUCAUCAAGAAAAGAAGCUCUGAUGUGAAGCAGCAGAUCAGAUCCCAGCAGAAAACUGAAGUGAAACGAGUCAAACAGCUUCAGGAGAAGCUGGAGCAGGAGAUCACUGAGCUGAAGAGGAAAGACGCUGAGCUGAAGCAGCUCUCACACACAGAGGAUCACAACCAGUUUCUACACAACUACCCCUCACUGUCACGACUCAGUGAAUCUACAGACUCAUCCAGCAUCAAUAUCCGUCCUCUGAGAUACUUUGAGGAUGUGACAGCAGCUGUGUCACAGCUCAGAGAUAAACUACAGGACAUUCUGAGAGACACAUGGACAAACAUCUCACUGACAGUGACUGAAGUGGAUGUUUUACUGUCACAAACAGAGCCCAGGACCAGAGCUGGAUUUUUAAAAUAUUCACAUGAAAUCACACUGGAUCCAAACACAGCACACACACGUCUGGUAUUAUCUGAGGGAAACAGAAAAGCAACAGGAAUGAGUCAACAACAGUCUUAUUCUAGUCACCCAGACAGAUUCACUACAUGGUGGCAGGUCCUGAGUAGAGAGAGUCUGACUGGAUGUUGUUACUGGGAGGUGGAGAGGAGAGGAAGAGUUUUUGUAGCAGUCGCAUACAAGAGUAUCAGCACAGCAGGGAGCAGGAAGGAAUGUGUGUUUGGACACAAUGAAAUAUCUUGGGCGUUAGAUUGUAACCAAAACAGUUAUACAUUUUGCUACAACAAUAUCAGCACUCCAGUCUCAGGUCCUCAGUCCUCCAGAGUAGGAGUGUACCUGGAUCACAGAGCAGGUGUUUUGUCCUUCUACAGCGUCUCUGAAACCAUGACUCUCCUCCACAGAGUCCAGACCACAUUCACUCAGCCUCUCUAUGCUGGACUUUGGGUUUAUGACACAGCUGAGUUGUGUAAACUCAAAUAGACAAAGGUCAUUUAAGGUGCAGUUGGUUCAAAUCUGUGUUUUAAUUCAUCAGUUGAUUUUGUCUCCAUCAUUGUUGCUAAAAGCUCAUUGCUGUCGUGUUUCUGCACUCCACACAGAUCACCUGUCAAUCAAACAUUAUGGGUGGUACUUUGACCUCUUCUCAUUUAUUGUUGUGUUGAUGUUUGAGUUUCUUUAGGUGGAGCUGGAGCCAUGGAGGAUAUCACUGCUCAGGAUGAUUUUUCUUUACCUAAACUGACAUUUCUCCACAUGAAAAUAUAAACUUCUCUGUGCUCUGAAUGUUUGUUGAAUAUUUGUGUUGAUGUAUUUGUAUGUUGUUGUUUCUCUUCCACUGCAUGGGCCUUAACAGAGAAAUCACCAGACCUUCCUUUAUCACAGAUAUUUUGUUCUCACUUUGUAAAGAAUUAAAUUUAUAAUUACAUUUACAUUUAUGUGAUUGUCAGAUUGAAUGUUGUUGUUGUUCAAAUCAACUUACAAAUAAUCUCGAUGAGGUUUUAUAAAACUGUGAUUAUCAUGAUAAUAAUCACUGAGGAGAUGAUUCAUUAUUUUAUUUUCCAUAUCUGAGAUUCAGGUGAAACAAACUGAUUGUGUGGAUGAAGUGAAUCUGUUCAUGAAAUCACUGAACAAGAGUCAUUUAACAGACUUUACUGAUUCAGUGUGUGAACAAACUGAAGUUUCACAUCAUGAAUAAAACUGUUUUUCCAUCCACUUGAUUAAAUCAAAUACUUUCUUGUCUUCCAUCUUUCCCAUGUGACCUGAAUGCAGCAUCAGUGUUACAGGGUGUGACUCCUGUGAACAAACUGACACAGUGUGAUAUUACAUAUAUUUACAUGUGUCUUUACUGAUGUUGUUUAUAGCUGCCAAAGGCUGAGUGAAGUUUUUACUCGUCUUCCUGCAGUGAACAUCACAGCAGGUGAACAACUGAAAUCUGAAACUGAUGCACAACACAAGAGGGCGCCUUCAUCCACCUGACCAGGGAUGUAGUGAAGGUUAAAGCUCCUCUGCUCAGUUUUUUUUUAAUUUGUAGUGAAAACCAUGAUUUUAGGCUGAGAAGAUUUAUAAUAAAAAUGUCUUAUGUGAUACAUCAUGGUUAGUGCUGUGAAACUGCUGUAAGUCAUCAGGAAUUCAUCUUUUAAGUUAGUCUAAAAUGAAGAAAUUGUUGCAUUUCUUUUAUUUAUUAGAAAAUGUUACAGGAAGCUGAUUAAUCUUAUUUAGUUUGUGUUUUUUUAUUGAGACUAUACUCUUACCAUAGAGCCAGUAACCACCUAUAUGUGACAUUUUUAUUAGUGUUCUGGUUUAUACUUCACUAGUGUUAGAUUGUUCUUCCAGUUACUUAAAUUGAGGUUCAUUACAGUGUGUUUGGAUCAUGUGAAAAGGUUGUUUCACCAUUGAAACCUUUGUAUUAAUAAUUGUAUUGACAUUGAUCAGUAAAAGUU